AUAUCUAUCGAGGGUAGUAUAUAAGGUCUGAUAUGUAUCAAUGUCGUCACAUAAAGUCAAAAACAACACAAAAUGAUGAUAAAAUUAGUAGUCUUAGGCAUGUUGGCCGCAUGCGCCAUGGCACAAUUCCCAAUGAUGGGUAUGGGAGGAUUCGGUGGCCUUGACCUGAAGAACAUUGAAAGCAUGAUCCCAGAAGGUACAUUCGAUAUGAUCAAAAACAUGAAACCAGAGGAUAUCAAAGAAGCCAUCAAAAACAUGCCACCAGGAAUGGGUGACAUGCUCAAGGGAAUGGGAAUCUCUGAAGAUCAGAUUAAAGAAGCCGUCAACAACAUGCCAAAAGAUAUGGACAUUGCCGCCAUGUUCGACCAGGCUAAAGACAAAAUGGGAGAUCUUGUUGACAAAAGCAAAGACGAAAUGAAAAGCCAGCUGUCAAACGAACUUAGUGAAAUUAAGGAAGAAAAGAGGAAAGAACUUGAAGAAGCAGGUAUUGACUUGUCCGGUGGCGUCAGCGGUCUUAUGUCUCAGAUGAUACCAGAAAUCACAGAAAUGUUUGGAGAAAAACUUAGGGCCGAAGGAAUCGACACUAAUGAUCGUGAAAAAUUAAACGAAGAAGUACGUAAACAGAUGCGUGAGUUCGCCGGAGCUGAGGAAGAUGAUACUGACGAACAAGUCAAGGAAAAGUUCAUGGAGGGAUUCCUCGAAGAAAUGAAACAAAAUGGCUUCGAGAUUAAAUCUGAUAACAUGGCUGAAGGAUUCCAGGAACUCAAGAAACAAAUCGUUGAUGAGCUUAAAGAUAUGGGAUUCGAGAUUGAAGAUGAAGACGUAUCUAACCUCCCAGAAAUGAUGAAGAAAAUGAUGAAGAGCGGAAAGUUCAACCCCCAAAUGAUGAUGGGAAUGGUCGCUCCAAUGAUGCAAGGUCCACCAAUGAUGGGACCAAUGGGACCACCAAUGAUGCGAGGUCCAUCUAUGGGAAUGAGACCACCAAUGGAAGGUCCAAUGGGACCACCAAUGGGAAUGAGAGGAAUGAACCUGAACCUUGACAUCGAUAUCAACCAGAGACCACAGACUCCAGUCGUAACACCAGGCUACGUUCAAGGAGCCGAAGAUGCUCUUUUGCACGCUCUUGGUGAUGACUCUGACGUCGUCAGACACGUGAUGGCAGUCAAGUACGGAGCUGAAACCGGAACUGUCAUGGAAAGUGAUCUCCACGAAAUUCUCAGAGAUCUCAUGCACUAUCGUCUUGAAGCCCGUGUUCUGAUGGCCAAGAACCAGAUGCUCAGAAACAGACUUUACGAUGUUAUGUUGUAAAGAAAUAGCCGUUACCGUAACCAUGGUGAUUGGGGAAAAGACUACUUCUACAAAACCCACGAACUUUACAUAAAACAAACGACACAAUACAAAAGUGGUGCAUUGAUAUGUGUGCUCUUUAAAACCAAAAGAUUAGUGCAGUUUUAAUAGUAUUAGAGUAUAAUCUAUAUGUAUCAUCAUGACUUUAGUCUUGUUAAAAUCGUAAUAGGUUGCAAACACCAAAACAUUAUCUUUUUUUGUUGUUUUUGGAAUGAAGUUGUCCAUCUGAAUUAAAUCGGUUCCCUUUAGCAAAAUAAGUUUUCAAUUCUAAGAGGCUUCUUAUUUAAAAGCUGCUAUAUUCUAAGCUGUAAGACUUUACUUUUGACAAUGUGAGAACUAUUUCUACAAAUUUUGGCGUUUGAUUAAGAAUGAUGAAGAAUGGGUGGUUUAAUUUUCAAAAUCAAAAACUUACUUUUUUUGUCACAAUUUGUUCUAUGUAUAAAUCUUUCAAAAUGCAAACCAUUGCAUGGCUUCAAAACCGUCGUGUAUAAUUUGGUUUUGUCAAAAAAUACUUUUUGACACACAUCGAUUUGGCGGGAGGACAUCUCUAAUAUUCCAAAAAUGUUAUUUAUUUAGACCAAUUAAAACAUUUGAAAAAUCACAGAUGACAAAAUUUCGCAUACGACAUUUAAUAAGCAAGUAUUUCAAUCAAAUCUUCAAAGUCUGUUUGUGAGAUUUUAACAUUGUUGAAAUAUUAAUAAUUUGGACGAUACAUAACUUAUUUUCUACAUUCUGACAAAUAUGAAAAAAAUGUGAAGCAUGCAAGCGAAUCAUAAUUUAAUGACUUCCAUCUUUAUGAUAGAUUCUAAGCAUUCUAGAUGAUGAUAUCAACAAUGAAUGUCAAAACGUUUUGAUAAGUUUAGAACGAGCUAUAUAAAAGAAGUUCUGCAAUAUUGGUUCAACGAGGCAACAAUUUUGAAUUUCAUGAAUAAAUGAUGAUUUUCGACAUUUUGGUGCAUGAAUAAUGAUUGUCAACAAUUUGGUGCGUAAAUAAUGAUUUUCGACAAUUUGUUGCGUAAAUAAUGAUUUUCGACAAUUUGGUGCAUAAAUAAUAAUUUUCGACAAUUUAGUUCAUAAAUAAGGGGUUCUGUAAGAAAACUUAAAAGUUGAACCCAUAGAGCCAAAUUUACUUACACAGACUCGCAUGAGUUGUUAUGCCAAUACUGCCUCUAUAGAUAAUUAAAGAACUGUUUGACUUUGUCUGUCAUGAUUACUUACAUGUAUAUAUAUAGUGUAAUAUUAACAAUAGUACAAUAAAAGUGUUCUAAAAUUA